AUGGCGGAGACUGAUUGAAAUCUAAGCUUUGAGACACGCCAGAGGGGAGGGGGACAGAAAGGAACACAAAAAAAACCCACCCCUCCACUGGAAAAAAAAAAAUAUAAUCUGUCUCCUGAGACUUCUGAUCCUAAGGCGUGCUGGGUGUUGAGAUCACUAAUUGGAUUUAAACUUGACGAUUACCUGGAAUUGAUGAAUGCCCGGGAAAGGAACAUUGCAGCUGUCAGUGCUAUAAUGAGGACUGAAGCCUAAAUGCAUGCAGAGCAGUAUUAAAUCACCAGCAAUUUGUCCAUCACAAAAGCACAAAUCUUUUGAAGGAUCAAGGUCCCAGCUGAUUUGAGUACAUCAACGGUGUGUUUCUCUACAAUGAGAAAGCCGGGACCUCAAAAAGUGUUUGAUGUCCCAUCACAGUCUGAAAUAUGAGCACAUCUGUCAACAGGAGUAUUAACACAAUCCCAUCUACUGUUUGAGACAUUCUCUUGAAUUUAAGUCAUAGAUUGGAAAGAUGGAAGAAGACAAAAGUAUGCUCGCAGUGGUCGCCCAUCAAAUACUCCAUCCCCAUAUCAAGGUCAUUUCAGUUGGGACAAAUACCUUAAGGAGACAGGUGCUGUUGCUGCCCCUUCCCAUUGCUUUAAGCAGGUGGCCUUCGGGAUUUAAUUUCUGCACUUCUUUCCACCAUCACUGAUCCGCUGCUUUGCCAGGUUUCCUUCUCAUUUACCCCACCUGUAAAUGAGUUCAAGAUCGGAAUGAAGCUGGAAGCCCAGGACCCCCGGAAUGUCACCUCGACCUGCAUCGCCACCGUCGUCGGAAUAACGGGCGCCCGACUCCGUCUGCGCCUCGAUGGCAGUGACAACAAAAACGAUUUCUGGCGGCUGGUGGACUCGGCUGAAAUCCAACCAAUCGGCAAUUGCGAAAAGAACGCAGGAAUGCUGCAGCCACCUCUAGGAUUUCGACUGAAUGCCUCUUCAUGGCCCAUGUUCUUGUUGAAAACGCUAAGUGGAGCAGAAAUGGCACCAAUCAGAAUAUUUCACAAGGAACCACCGUCACCUUCCCAGAACUGUUAUAAAGUGGGGAUGAAACUGGAGGCAGUUGACCGGAAAAAUCCGCAUUUUAUUUGCCCGGCCACUAUUGGAGAAGUGAGAGGGACAGAAGUGUUGGUGACGUUUGACGGCUGGAGAGGAGCUUUUGAUUACUGGUGCCGAUAUGACUCUCGGGAUAUUUUCCCUGUGGGAUGGUGUUCUCUGACUGGAGACAACCUGCAGCCGCCAGGAACUAAGGUGGUCAUCUCAAAGAAUCUGUCCACACCGCCAGAAGUGAAUUCGGAGAAACAUAACAUGCAGGCUUCGGUGGAAGUCAUAACAGAGCAACUUCCAGUCCAGCGUGGCCGCAAACCUGGGAGGAAGAGGAGCCGCGUCGGCCAGGCAGCCUGUGUACAUAAAUCAGAAAUACAGCAUCCAAUCCCGUCACCCGCCAAGCCAGUGGAACCAUUAAAAAUCCCAAAGAAGAGAGGGCCAAAGCCUGGGAGCAAGCGGAAACCUCGUGCCCUGCAGAAUCCUGUGCCAACCUCCCCUACCUCCAGCACGCCAGAGCCAGACACUAGCACAGUUCCUCAAGAUGCAGCCACUAUCCCAAGCACAGCCAUCAUGCAGUCUCCAACAGUCUGUGUUUACUUGAACAAAAAUGGCAAUGCAGGACCACACCUGGACAGAAAAAAGGUGCAGCAACUUCCAGAUCACUUUGGACCUGCCCGGGCUUCAGUUGUCUUGCAACAAGCUGUUCAAGCCUGCAUCGACUGUGCGUACAAUCAGAAGGUGGUUUUCUCCUUCCUGAAGCAGGGCCACGGUGGAGAGGUGAUAUCUGCCACCUUUGAUCGUGAACAGCACACUUUAAACCUGCCAGCAGUAAACAGUGUUGUGUACGCCCUGCGCUUUCUGGAGAAACUGUGCCACAGCCUGCGAUGUGACAACCUCUUUGGGAACCAGCCUUUCUGUCAGAUCAAUGCGGCUAAUCAUGGCAUGGCUGAUUACGGAAGUGACCGGUUCAUGUCAGGUAAAAAUGAAUCAGCAGAGGGAGCUGUCCAGGGACCUGGUAGAGGAACAAAAAGGUACACACAAGACUCCCCACCGUUCAGUGCACCUCUAUCACCCAAACUACCAAAAACCGAUCGACAUCCUUCAGAAGCUGAAACCUUUAUACUGGAGGACGGCCAUCCAGGCCCCACAGAACACCGGCUAGAUCCCAUGGAUUCUGCCCUUAAUUCCGUAAAUUCAUCCAGCCCUCCGAGUAGGAGUUCCAGGGAGUUCCGAGCUUAUCGGUCUCUGCACCACUCAACGAGCCUAACACAAAAUAACACAGGGACCUUGCGACAACUUAGUUCAGGAGGUUCUGAUAGGUUUAUGGGAGCACGAGAUCCACCCCGUUUGAUCAGCAGGGACCCAUCCAGCUGGACUGUGGAGGAUGUGAUGCAGUUUGUUCGUGAUGCAGAUCCGCAGUCUCUGGGCCCACACGCAGACCUCUUCCGAAAGCAUGAAAUUGAUGGGAAGGCUUUGCUGUUGCUACGGAGUGACAUGGUGAUGAAGUAUAUGGGACUAAAGCUGGGGCCAGCCUUGAAGAUCUGCUAUCACAUUGACAGACUGAAGCAGGGCAAAUUCUGAUUUCGAACCCAUCAUAUCGGAACAUAUUCAGAAACUAUGAAACUCCAGAAUGAGCCGCUCCUCGCCCCCUACCAAAAGGAACACGUUAAUGGGGAUUUACUCACUUUUGGCUUUGUAUUCAAAUGCCAUGUGUCUUUCUGAGAUACCAACGAAGCAAGAUUUUUCGGUACUUUGAAUCACCAGGUUUGAUGACAGGAAAAACCUUGGACUUAUACAUUUUUAUGUAAAGGCUACAGCUCACAAUGAAGCUUUGUUCCUCUGAAUUUUCAGAUUUGGAUAGGAGAUGUUUCUAUCCAGCUGACAUGAAACAUUUUAAGAAAAUGCUCUGGAUAUUGCUGUUGUGUAGCAGUUGUAUUUCAUUUUACGAGUUUCUUUCAGUUAUUCAUUACUUAUCCCUCCUUGCAGUGGGACCGGCUGUAUGUUGUACAGGCAUUUCACUGUGAUUGGCAUUGCUUGUGGCCUAGCAUCACUUUACACAACUCAAUCAUGUCUCUCAUGCCUUUUAAGUGCUGGAAGGAGUUAGUGAGACUCAAAAGCAGUGAUGAGGUGAUGCCUUUUGGCUUUCUUCAGUUUGUUCCAAAGGGGUAAGAAAAUUUUUAAAGUAAGUUAAAGGAAUUUUUUAUAUAUAUAAAUCGAGCCUCUAAACUAAGUCUGUCUGAGGAGAAAAGUAUGGAAGGUAUUGCUCUUCCAUUAAUGGUGAAAAUUCAGUAUUCUUUUUGUAGCAAGAAUCUGAUUUCUGUACUAUAACAUUACGUACGUUCUCCUUUUUUUUAUUUUGUUCCUUCACUUGCUUUAUUUUAUUGUUUUUCAAUUUUUGUUACCAAGCCUGAAGUUUUGUACAAAAUAUUACGUAGCAGAAUUGAACAUGUAGCAUUUGUGGUUUCCAAACUUUUACAUAUUGCAGCCAUCCAGUUGGACCCAUUAAUAAUAUAGACCAAGUCGAUUGGAGGAAAUCCAUUAUUUAAGUGGCCUGUUUCUUGAAAAUCUAUAUUAACUUUGCCAAUUCCUCACCACACCUACCCCAUCUUUCUUUCCACUGGCUGAAGGUGGUUGCUGGGACAUGGAUUCUAAGGGUGCUGGUUGCCCUCUGCUACUUGCCCCAGCUGCCAUUUUUGACGUUGCCAGGCAGUUGAAUUAUGGGGACUUUGCAGCUAAGCUCAAUCCUGCCUUCACACAGGUAUCCUUUCUAAGAGGCGAUCGUGGUUAAUAGUCGGGAAUGGGAACACUGAUCUCUUACCCCCUCCCUCACCCAGAGCACUAAAGUCUAUUGUAAACCAGUAAUUAUGAUCACAGCUGAGAUGGGCUAAUGGGCUGGAAUUCGUCAUAUCUGGGACCUGGUACUUCCAAUAUUGCAUAGAAUGUAUGGCACAGAAACUGACCAUUCAGCCCAACUGGCCUAUGUCAGUGUUCAAUGCUUCACAUGAACCUCCUCCCACCCCUCCACAUCGGAUCUCAUCAGUAAAACCCUCUAUUCCGUUCUCCCUCAUGUGUUUAUCCUGCUUCUCCUUAAAUGCAUCUCUGCUGUUUGCUUCAGUUACUUCACGGGCUGGAUUCAAUGCUCCGCUCCUCCCCUCGCCGGCGGAUUUGAAGGUGGGGGGGGCACGUUAAAUCCAGUGGGAGCCAUACCCGCUGCCUGCCUCUGCCCCUGCUGUAAUUUUGUCGGUAGCAGGGGUGGCGUUGGGCAUCCUGCCCACCUGAGGGCCAACUGAGGCCAAUAAAUGGGCAGUUAAUACCCACUGAAAGGCCUCAUCCUGUUACUGCCAGAAUUUAACCGGUGGCAAGAGAGGCCCUUGCCAAGCGUCCAGCCCGGCCGCUUUCCCUGUACGGGCUGACAGCAGGUGGGUGGGAUUCUUCCUUAACAGACCCCUGGACCUAUCAGAGCACCCCCCCCCUCCCCCCCUGCUCCAAACCCUCCUUGUGUCCCCUCAACAGGGCCUGCCAGCUUGGCCCCGACAAGGCCCUGGCAAGAACCUAGGACACCAGGCUCACCUGCCAUUCCAGAUCCAGUAUCACAAGCCUGCUCUCAGCAUCGCUGCAGUACCGGCAGUGGCCACUACUCGCAGUGGCAUUACCAGCACUGGAGAGCUGCCAGCCCCUGAUUGGCCAGCGAUCUCUGCCCAGGGAGACCUCUGAGCUGGGCCUCCCUGUUUCUGAGGCCAGUAAGUCAUGCCUCAGCUCAAUUAACGGCCUUCUGAAGGGAAAGGCAGGGUCUGUGGCGCCCUGUUGAGUCCAGCCCCUUGUGGCAAUGAUUUCCAGAGAAUAGUUCACACAGGAGGAAGAGCUGGUCAUUGUAAACAACUGAAUUACUUGAACAAUGUUCAGAAUAAGUUUGUUGUUUUAGAUAUGUUCAUUGAUAAUAUUACAAGGGCUGAUUUAAGUAUUAAGCAGGACAAAGGAGCUCUUCCCACCGCACUGCUGAAGGGUUUAGCAGCUAUCCAGAAAAUCCCCUCCACAACAGUGGAGAGCCUCGAUAGAGAUAAGACCAAAAUGGAAACCGAUGCAGCAGUGGGUUGAAAGUCUGAAAUGAAGUAUCACCUUCUGAUCAAUGAACAGCCAUCGCCUUCUAGUAACUUCCAGAAGAAACAAAAGUAAUUUGUACUGUACAUGAUCUUAAAUAAAGUUUAUCUCUCCAGUCACUCAUCGUACAUAAAAUCUGAAUUUGGCCGUUUCGCAAAAUUGCUGUAGUUGGUUUAUCCAUAUACUUUGUUCCUCCUCCCCCAUUUUAAUCUCAUCUUGUGAAGCCGCCAAUCCAAAGUCUCCAAAAUCAACAACCAAUUAAAAUCAUUUUUUUAACCAGGGACACGACAAAGUCAGUUCUAGAUUCUGGAGGAGAUUUUGAGUCUGGUAGCUUGAAUGCUUGUCAGGAGUGAUGAUGGACAGAAAUAGUCCAGGAGGCCUUGUGUUUGGAAUAAAUUCCACGUUCACCAUCUGAAGGAUAAGUGAUCAGUUCCUUGUAUUAUUUUUAAGGCCAUUUGUUGCAUAAAUUAUUUCUAUUCAAGGCUACACCAGGUGGAACGUAUUAAGGCAAUGGUGUUCAUUGACCAAUUUCCAUACAAACUAGGAGUAGAUGGUGAACUUCAUGCUUUGAAAGAGAGCCUUUAUUCUCUUCUUUCCUGUGGUCUGUUUGUGGGUACAACAGGGGCUGUUAACACCUGUAAACUCCACAACAUUCUACUCGUGACCUCCAGUCAACUGCCCAGCUGAAAGCGAAUGUCACCUCAGGGAGGUGUUAGCACAAAAAUGUCCAGAUAAUCCAUGAUCUGUAGCCAAAAAAAGUAUUGUCAUGGCAAUUCGAUAAAUAGCGACUACUGGAAGAAGAAACUGUCCUGAAAAUGAUCACCUUAAAUUUGGACAUAAGUGUGUAAUAAUAACGAAUGGACUAACAACACCAAGGAUGUAUUCCAUUUUUAAAAUUAAUGGAAAGGUGUUUUUGGUUUUAGCACACCAAGUGUACCAUCUGGGAGUAAAGCUAAUUCUACUCCUAAGUUCUGGAUAAAUACAUGGAGCUUUAUUGCCUGACCCACAACUGCAGGAUUUAGUGUGUACUGAAGGGAUUUCCUUGUAGUAUUUUGAUGUUGCAGCUUGACACAAAGUCAGCGAGAAGGACCUGAGGGGUGUUUUGUCUUUUGUCAAUCAGAGAGAUUUCUUUCUAACUAAUUGUAACCUGUAACAUCCAACAAAAAAAUCUGUUAAAAGACUGAAUAUCAUUGCUGCCAUUUUGUGAUAGUGACAUUGUCCACAAAGUGUAAUUAACUGCAGAGAAAGCCUCUAGCCGUUAAUUAUUAAUGAAAAAUGGUCCAUGCAUCGUGACCUAUUCCAAAAUACCUUUUAAAAUCAGAUGCCUAGAAUAUGACAAUAAGCUAUUGACUGUGUAUAACCGAGGGUCUUUAAGGACAGGGCGAUUGUGAAAGCUCUGACAUUCUACGUGGGAGUGCAGUUUGCCAAACACUGUCUGUGGUAGAGCACUAACCCAGGAGCAAACUAUUGCAUUCUCUGUCUUGCAACAGCCCCUGGUAUGUAUGACUCUGAUCAUAUAUGGCCACUGGCAUGAUGCAUUUGGUUUAACAAACAUGUCAGUUUGUGCAUUGAAUAUCAGUACACAACUUUGUUCAUUAAAUAAACCAAUAAUUUAUUGUAAAA